GCAGAAGGCGGCUUUGAAACCCGGCGCGGCGGCGGCGGCGGGGACCGGCCCCGGGAGCGGGGCGGCGGCGGGGCCGCCUCCCCCCUCGGCUCCCCCUCACCCGGCGCCGGCGCCUCACCCCAACAUCAGGGCCUUGCCGCCACAGCCGCCCCAACAAAUCCCCCGAGGUCCUGUCCAGCAGCCCCUGGAGGAUCGGAUCUUCACUCCGACCGUCUCGGCUGUGUACAGCACUUUUAUCUCCACACAGGUAACACAAGUAGCAAGACAACCGGGUCCUCCUGCCCCAUCCCCUUACACUGCACAUGAAAUAAAUAAGGGACACCCAAAUCUUGCUGCAACGCCACCGGGACAUGCAUCGUCCCCUGGGCUCUCACAGGCUCCUUAUCCCUCAGGACAGAAUGCAGCUCCCACCACGCUGGUGUACCCUCAAGCCCCUCAAACAAUGAACACUCAGCCUCAGACCCGCUCGCCGUUUGCAGCGGGGCCUCGACCUGCCCAUCACCAGUUUUUUCAGAGGCCUCAGAUCCAGCCUCCAAGAGCCACCAUCCAGAACAGCAGCCCCUCCAUCCGUCCCGGAGCGCAGACCCCGACUGCCGUGUACCAAACCAACCAGCACAUCAUGAUGGUGAACCACCUGCCAAUGCCCUACCCGAUGCCUCAGGGCCCCCAGUACUGUAUCCCACAGUAUCGUCACAGUGGCCCCCCGUACGUCGGGCCACCGCAGCAAUAUCCUGUGCAGCCACCAGGACCAGGACCCUUCUACCCAGGCCCAGGUCCUGGAGAAUUCCCCAAUGCCUACGGAACACCCUUCUACCCCAGCCAGCCCGUGUACCAGUCUGCACCCAUCAUUGUGCCUACGCAGCAGCAGCAGCCGCCGCCUGCCAAGAGAGAGAAGAAAACGAUCCGAAUCCGGGAUCCAAACCAGGGAGGCAAAGACAUAACAGAAGAAAUCAUGUCUGGAGGGGGCAGCAGGAACCCCACCCCCCCCAUCGUCAGACCCACCUCCACCCCGACUCCACCUCAGCAGGUGCCCAGCCAGGUCCCCGAGCCCGUUCCCACGGCGUUGGGAGCCCUGGAGAGCUCCCACCCCUCCGGCAGCACCGCGGCCCCCGCCUCCAAACAAGAAGAGAAGCCAAAACCAGAUCCAGUAUUAAAACCACCUUCUCCAGUGCUCAGACCAGAACCUGCUGGGGAGAAGAAAGAUCAAGCUGGGCAGACGACCGAGGCCCCCCCCUCAGUGGAAACCCCAGCAGAAGUCCCUCGUGCUCCGUCGCCGGCCCCGGCCGCUCCGGUGGCCGCUGUCCCCGCGGCUGCCGCUGCUGUCCCCGCGUCCAGCAGAGCCCCGCCCGCGGCUGAGCCGGAGGACAAAUGUGAACUGGCCUUCCCCAGAGAGGAGGCGAUGCCCACCCCCAGUGCCACAGCCUGCCCGGAGCCAGCGGCCCCUCCUCCUGCGGAAGAGCCCGGUGCCGAGGCGUGCUCGGAGCCCAGCAGUGCAGUAGCAUCCCCCGGUGACGCGGUGGCGGUGCCGGCCGGGCCCGCUGUCACCAGCGACACGGGCAGCGCCGGGGCCGCGGCCGAGCCCGGGGCAGAGGCGGCCCAGGCGGAAACUGCAGAGUUGACUGUGGAGGUGGAGCCCAGCGAGGCCCCCCCAGCGGAGGUGGAGAGCGCUCCAUCACCUCCCAGUGCUCCUCUCGCUGCUCCCUCUCCUCCUCCCACCCCGCCACCCACCCCGCCGCCCCCGUCCCCUCCGCUUCCCGUCGCUGCUGUCACCACUACAACUCCUUCUCCACCUCCUCUCCCGUCUCCGAGUGCCCUCCCUGUUGUCCAGGGAGAUUUAGAAGGAGAGGAGAGCACAAGAACUACUCUUAGUGAAGAGGUAAAAGAUACUGAAAAGGAAGAGACAGAAGCAGAUGGGCAACUGGAGGAGAGCCAGGAGGCUCUGAGUGUGAACUCAAGCAAGAGUCCUGUCCCAGCCCAAACCGCUGUAACUGCACCAAAGACCUGGAAGAAACCAAAAGAGCGGACCCAAGCCACUGAGGAGGUGACAGAGGCAGAAACAGAGCCGAAGGAGGAGGAGGAACCUUCAGGGGACAAAGUACUUGAAUCCGACCAGGAGAAAAUGAGCCAUGGGCUUCAGGCAGAGAGGGAACCCUCAGAGCUCAAAGCAGUGAAAGGCGUGGAGGAGAACGGGGAGCAGGAGGCAGAGCCGGUGCGGAACGGCGCCGAGAGCGUCUCGGAGGGCGAGGGCACCGACGGCGCCUCCGGCUGCACGGAGAGCUCCGGGGAGGGGCCCGUGUACCAGUACAAACCAGAGCAGUGGAAGCCCCUGGACCCCGAGGGGAAGAAGCAAUACGACCGGGAGUUCCUGCUGGAUAUCCAGUUCAUGCCUGCCUGCAUCCAGAAGCCCGAGGGGCUGCCUCCCAUCAGCGACGUGGUGCUCGACAAGGUGAGAGGAGAGCCCAUAAAACAGGUCAGUCAGCCCAAACUGCCGCUGAGGACUCUGGACCCCCGGAUCCUGCCACGAGGCCCUGACUUCACACCAGCCUUUGCUGAUUUUGGGAGGCAAGCCCCCGGGGGAAGAAACGUGUCUGGAAGUGCCUGCAAAGUGCAGAGCACCCCUGGAUUGCCCUCCCUGGCUCGGUGCGGGCCCCCAUCAUGCCCUCUCUUGGUCUCGCCUCACCCACCAUUGAGGAACCUGCCGAUAGGGUUGUUGAAUGUUGGACCGAGGAGAUCUCAGCCAGGCCAGAGGAGGGAGCCCAGGAAGAUCAUCACUGUGUGUGUGAAGGAGGAUGUGCACCUGAAGAAGGCAGAGAACGCCUGGAAGCCGAGCCUGAAGAGGGAAAACCAAACUGAGGACCCGGAAAAUGUCAAAACCCAGGAGCUGUUCCGCAAGGUACGAAGCAUCUUGAACAAGCUGACACCCCAGAUGUUCAACCAGCUGAUGAAGCAGGUGACAGACCUGACGGUGGACACGGAGGAGAGGCUGAAGGGAGUCAUCGACCUGGUCUUCGAGAAGGCCAUCGAUGAGCCCAGCUUCUCCGUGGCCUACGCCAACAUGUGCCGCUGCCUGGUGACGCUGAAAGUGCCCAUGGCAGACAAACCUGGGAGCACAGUAAAUUUCCGUAAGUUGCUGUUAAAUCGCUGCCAGAAGGAAUUUGAAAAGGACAAGGCUGACGAUGAUGUCUUUGAAAAGAAGCAGAAAGAACUCGAAGCUGCCACCACUCCAGAGGAGAAGACACGGCUCCACGAUGAGCUGGAAGAGGCCAAGGACAAAGCCCGGCGGAGAUCCAUCGGGAACAUCAAAUUCAUCGGCGAGCUUUUCAAGCUGAAGAUGCUGACAGAGGCCAUCAUGCACGACUGCGUGGUGAAGCUGCUGAAAAACCACGACGAGGAGUCCCUCGAGUGCCUUUGCCGCCUGCUCACGACCAUUGGCAAGGACCUGGACUUUGAGAAGGCCAAGCCCCGCAUGGACCAGUAUUUUAAUCAGAUGGAGAAGAUUGUGAAAGAGAGGAAAACCUCCUCAAGGAUUCGGUUCAUGCUUCAGGAUGUAAUAGACCUAAGGCUGUGCAACUGGGUCUCACGGAGAGCAGACCAGGGCCCCAAGACCAUCGAGCAGAUUCAUAAAGAAGCCAAGAUUGAAGAGCAGGAAGAACAGAGGAAGGUGCAACAACUCAUGACCAAAGACAAGAGGAGACCGGGUGUCCCACGGGUCGACGAAGGCGGCUGGAACACUGUGCAGGGGGCAAAGAACAGCAGAGUGCUGGACCCCACCAAGUUCCUUAAAAUCACCAAGCCCACAAUAGAUGAGAAGAUUCAGCUUGUGCCUAAAGCCCAGUUGGGCAGCUGGGGGAAGGGCAGCAGUGGUGGAGCCAAGGCAAGCGAGAUGGACUCCUUGCGACCAAGUGCCACAAGUCUGAACAGAUUUUCUGCCCUGCAGCCUCCAGUGUCCCCAGUAUCUGCCUCAUCUGCAUCUUCAGAACUAGAAUCUCGCAGGGCCUUAACGAGUCGCGGGAGCACGGGCAGGGAGAAGAACGACAAACCUCUGCCACCUUCCCUGUCCCGGCCCAACACCUUCCUCCGGGGCAGCAGCAGCAAGGAGCUGCUGCUGGACAACCAGGCCCAGGAGGAGCAGCGCAGGGAGAUGCUGGAGACGGUGAAGCAGCUGACAGGAGCAAUGGAGAUGGACAGGAACAGCACCGAGGCCGAGAGGAACAAAGCCAAGGAACCUGCAGCCAAGCCAGAAGUUCCCCCAGCUCCAGUGCAAGAAAAGCCUUUACUAUCAGAAGAGGAAAUAGAGAGAAAAUGCAAAUCUAUCAUUGAUGAGUUCUUGCAUAUUAAUGAUUUUAAGGAGGCCAUGCAGUGUGUGGAGGAGCUGAGUGCCCAGAGCCUGCUGCCCGUGUUCGUGCGCGUGGCCGUGGAGUCCACGCUGGAGCGGAGCCAGAUCACCAGGGAUCACAUGGGGCAGCUCUUACAUCAGCUGGUGCACUCGGGAAAGCUGAGCAAGCAGGAGUUCUUCAAGGGUUUUUCUGAGACCCUGGAGAUGGCAGAUGACAUGGCCAUAGAUAUACCCCAUAUCUGGCUGUACCUGGCUGAGUUGGUGACCCCCAUGUUAAAAGAAGGAGGAAUCUCUAUGAGAGAACUUAUACAAGAAUUUAGCAAACCCUUGCUUCCUGUGGGAAGAGCCGGCGUCUUGCUUGCUGAAAUCUUGCACCUUCUAUGCAAACAAAUGAGCCAUAAGAAAGUGGGAGCCUUGUGGAGGGAGUCUGGCCUCAGUUGGAAGGACUACUUGCCCGAAGGGGAGGAUGUACAUACCUUUCUCAUGGAACAGAAGUUGGAGUUCACGGAGUCUGACUGUUCCAGUUCCUCAGAAGCACUUUCAGAGAAAGAACUGUCUGCAGAAGAGCUGAACAAGCAGCUGGAAAAACUCAUUGUUGAGGACAAGGCGAAUGAUGAACAAAUCUUUGAUUGGGUAGAGGCUAAUCUAGAUGAAAGCCAGAUGAGUUCACCUACAUUCCUUAGAGCUUUAAUGACAGCAGUUUGUAAAGCAGCUAUUAUAGCGGACUCUUCCAGCUUCCGAGUGGACACUGCUGUUAUCAAACAGAGAGUGCCCAUCUUACUCAAGUACCUGGACUCAGACACAGAGAAGGAACUACAAGCACUUUAUGCACUACAAGCAUCAAUAGUAAAACUUGAUCAACCUCCUAAUUUGUUGCGGAUGUUUUUUGAUUGCCUGUAUGACGAGGAGGUCAUUUCGGAGGAUGCCUUCUACAAGUGGGAAAGCAGCAAGGACCCAGCGGAGCAGAAUGGGAAAGGAGUAGCGCUAAAAUCUGUCACGGCGUUCUUCACGUGGCUACGGGAGGCCGAAGAGGAGUCAGAGGAUAAUUAAAACUUAAAAUACAGAUUUAAAACAAACAAACAAAAAAGAAACAAUUUAAGUAUUUUUUUAAAAAGUUUCACGUCUUCGCCAAUCACAGUGCAGCAAGGCCAAUUCUCUCUCGCAGACCCCCCUUGCCCCACACACGCACGAGUGGGAGAGGUAAAACUCGAUAAACACCGAGGUGAUCAUGGAGGCAAAAAGGUACUUGAAAACAAACCCACAAAAGUAAACUUCAAACCUGAGGGCGGGAGCACUAAACCAAAAUACAUGUAUUAUUUAUAGAAAAUAUUUUCUGUUUUAAUCUUUUUCUUUUCUUUUUAAACAAGGACUCAUACUUAGGAAAAAACACAGCAAAACAAAUCUGUUUAGCAAAAACAAGUUGAAAACUUUUAAUUUAUUAUUUUAAGGACUGCAAAUGCCAGUGUAAUUUUUAAAUUUGCAGUUUCUGUAAACAAAUUGUAUAAUAGAACAAAAGCAAAGAAAUAAAUUUCCCUCCCCUUCAUACGCACCUCAGUUUUGUUUCAAAGCAUGAUAAAUCAACAAAACUUUGAAGGGGGUUGGGGUGAGCUAGAUGAGGACAAGAUCAAUUUUUUUUUAUUGUCAUCAGAUUUUUCUGCCUGCCUCUCAGCUUGCUUCAGAAAUUAAAAAAGAAAAUAGUAAUCAAACCAUACAUAACCUUGGAUUGGAAGAAAAAUGCAUUUGAGAAAACCGCUGCGGACCAGAGUGCUCCGAAAAUAACUCAUUGAAAACCGUGCUACCCCGGGGAAAAAAGUACUAGUGAUACUUUGAGAACCUUUAGAGCAACUUUAAGGCUUGUAAAUACAUAGAACAAAUAUUUAAAAAAAAAAAAAACAAAAAAAAAGAAAGAAA